AAGGAGAAAAAGGAGAAAAAGGAGAAAAAGGAGAAAAAGGAGAAAAAGGAGAAAAAGGAGAAAAAGGAGAAAAAGGAGAAAAAGGAGAAAAAGGAGAAAAAGGAGAAAAAGGAGAAAAAGGAGAAAAAGGAGAAAAAGGAG